CUUGUGAAGUCAACACAAAUUACUCGUAUUACAUACAAUAUAUUUUUCAAAUUUGUAGUGUUAUUUAUAACAAUGAGUGAUGAAAAAUCAGAGGAUAACACGGCGAGUUUAUCUAGCGCAACGGAAACUUUGAAAAUAGAAGAUAAAGAUAAUGGCGACGCCGUGAAAUCUGAUAAAGUGAAAAUUGACAUUUUAUUGAAGGCAACGGGCAACGCUCCGAUCAUGAAGAAGAAAAAGUGGGCCGUGGAUGCAGAGAAGCCCAUCGGCUGGAUCAUGGAGUUUGUCAAGAAGUACCUGAAGCUGGAACCCGACGAGAGACUUUUCCUGUAUGUGAACCAGACAUUUGCCCCGUCUCCGGACCAGAUGGUGAAGAACCUGUACGAGUGUUUCGGCACAGACGGUAAACUGGUGCUGCACUACUGCAAGAGCCAGGCGUGGGGCUGAAUGGAAAUACGUCAAUAUGGUUGCCUUAUAACUUAUAACCACCGUAGGCUUGAGUUUCACGGAACCGCCGCCAAAAACCCGCUCUCAAAUAAUUGAAGUUUACGUUCUCAUUUUAAAACGACAUGCUGACAAACUGAACUGAAAUUCUCUCUCUCUCUCUAGCCCUUCUCUACCCUUCGGGUGUAGGCCUCCUUCAUUUUAUGCCAUUCGUCACGGGUCUGUGCGACCUGGAGCCACUUCUUUCCCGCAGUCCUUUUGAUGUCGUCGUCCCAACGCAUCUCUAUGAAAUUAUGACGUAUAAAUAGCGUACUGCGUAUGCUAUCAAAAUCGUUGCAGUUUUUUCUUGGUCCAAUUAA